GAGAUAGUUGUGGGACAAAGAGACUUGUCUGGACGAAGAAACGUUGCUCUUUGUGACUGUGGAGUGAGGAAGUCGCGUACCUCACCAUAGGAUUGUAUUGGUGUUUUGCUUCCGAGCAUUUUGAAGUGUUUUUGUUGUUUGUUUGUUUUUUUUUCGUCAGAUAAACGAGGAUGACUACUAAGCGGGGUGUCAGACCCGAUGAGGGACUGAUGAUGAUGCAGGAGCUUGACGACAGGCUGAAAGAGCAGAUUGACAAACUGGAGCAUGUUCGCCUUGUUGCUGUUGAACUGAAGGACAACUUGUCUGGGAGCAACGGUGAUCUAAGCCAGUCUAUCGCUGACCAUCUAGAAUGGUUGAAUCACUUGUCAGAACGAGUGGAAACUCUUCACAUGAACACUACUGUUUUUGUUCAGAUGAAUCCCAAGCCACGUGCAUGGGCAGGGAAACAGGGUUCCAAACAUGGCUACCGCUUGGGACGUCUCCACCAGACUGAGGACGCCCAGUCGGAGUUUGGCUGGUCCCCCAUCCGCACAAGACGAAACAGUGAUGCUGCCUCUGAAAUGUCCUGCAACUGGUGACCUGGCAGACUGUGGCCAAUAGAUCAACUGAUGAUGCAAUUUAAUGCAAAAUACUGUACGGCUCACUUCCACCAAAUUGAUGAUCGAAACCCAAACUCAUUGCACAUUUAUUUUUUUAUCAGUACAUUUCCACUCAUUAUGAUAAUUACAUGUAGUGCAAUACAUUUAUAUUUGUCGUAUAUUAUUACUUUAUUGAACAUGAUAGAUUUUUAAUAAAAACAUGGCUAUCCAAUCCCGUCAGUCUAUUUUAUGUCCAUGCCAGCUUUGUGCAAGGUUUGUGAGAUUCUCUAAACUGUCUUCUAAUUUUAAAAUGUACUUAAAUAAAAAUCAUAACACACGAUAUACCUUACUAUUGGUGCACCCAGUGGUAUAUUAUUCAAAGUAAUGUGUGAACUAAGUUCUAAUAAAUUACUAUAUGUUCUAGUUUAAUUAUUUAAGCCUGAACUCUUCUCUCAAAAACAGCCAAAUCAAACUAAUAUUUUGUAACCACUGGGUAAAGUGGCGAUGUGUUUUCCCCCUGUCUGAUGCAAUGUGUGUUUUGAAAGUGCAAUCAGGCAUGCUGUACUUGCAGGUACUGUCGCAGGGUUGAAAACCUGUGUAUAUAUAUGUAUGUAGGUCAGCCUGCUCCACCAGCAGAAGUCGCUGCUGAACCGCCUCCAUUCUGUCACUGUUCGUGUCUCUGUUUUAAAUAAAGCUUUGGCAGAACGCGUGGGUGAUAAUUCUGGAAGGAGUGUCUGAUAAGCUAAAGUAGCACUACCCUCUUUAAAGGGAUAAUUUUGAACACGCUGAGUUGAACUUAUUUUUGUAUCUUAUAUUAAACUAUACGGGUAUCGAGUGAACCCCCUGAAAACAUGGCAGAAAGUGACUGGGACACCGUUACUGUCUUGAGGAAGAAAGGGCCGACUGCUGCCCAGGCCAAAUCCAAGCAGGCUAUCACCUCUGCUCAGAGACGUGGGGAGGACAUUGAGACAACCAAGAAAUGGUCUGCGGGGCAGAACAAACAGCAUCUUGUGACGAAGAACACAGCCAAACUGGACCGGGAGACAGAGGAGCUACACCAUGACAGGGUUCCCCUGGAGGUGGGCAAGGUCAUCCAGCUAGGCAGACAGGAGAAAGGCCUGACCCAGAAAGACCUGGCCACUAAAAUUAACGAGAAGCCUCAAGUCAUUGCCGACUAUGAGUGUGGGAAAGCAAUUCCUAACAACCAGGUCUUGGGCAAGGUCGAGAGAGUAAUUGGGUUGAAACUGCGUGGGAGGGAUAUUGGCCAACCCCUGGAGGCAAAACCCAAGAAGAAAUGAACACAAAGCCUCGAAAUCAGCCCUUCCCAGGUCCCAUCUUUCCUAGCCACUGAAACCUGAACCCUUUCCACACCCCCACCCCUCCGAGAACCCUCAAAAACUCUCCUCCUCUCUCCCUCUUCCCUUCCUCUACCUGGGCUGAUCUCACCUGCGUCCUGCCCGAGGACCUGGUGCUCCACCGCAUACUGACAAGUCAUCAGACAAACACUCUCUUGACCACAUAAUCAAGUGAAUGAUCGAAUGCAUUUUUUUCACAAACUCGGAUAUUCUUGUGUAUUUUCUUUUCACUCACGUCUGCUUAGGCUUUUUGGCAUGAUGAAUUCAACUUUUUGAUAGCGAUUGUAAAGUCAUAAAAGGGUGAAUUAAUUUUCAUGACCAAAAUAAACUAGUUUGACUAACGUUAAUUCUGAGCAUGAUGUUAAGCCGAAAGUGCUCGAUUGCAUCUUUCUUUUUCACACACGUAAGACAGUGAGUGAAUGUCAUUACAGUGUUGAAAUGUUUUAAUGCUGUCCUUUGUUUUGAUCAGAAAAUAAAGUUUGGCAGUUCUC